AGAGAGGAGGGAGGCGGAGGACGCGGUGCAUUGUGGGCCGCCUCAGAGCGAGCAGAAGCACAGCUCACACACAAUAUGUGUUGGCUCGCCAAAAAGGAGCAGCCAGGGUCCCUUCCACAGCAUGUCAUGUAACCGGGGAAGGGGCCUGUGAAGCGGCUUGGCCUUUCCUGCGGGGCAAGGAGAUAGCCCUGGGCGCAGGAGAGCUGAGGUUGGGGGAGUGGGGAAGGCGGGCAGGCAUGUCUUUCAAGGAGGCCAAGCCUGGGGAGAGAGGCAAGAACCCAGAAGACCAUGGCAGAAAGCAGACUGCAAGCUGGAUCAACGGGAUGGAGGCAGGCAACCAGCCCAGUACUUCGGGCGAGAAGAAGAGUCACCAUUGGCGGAGUUACAAGUUGAUCAUUGACCCUGCUCUGAGGAAGGGGCAGCACAAACUCUAUCGUUACGAUGGGCUCAGCUUUAGCAUGCCUAACUCCGGGGUCCCCCCUGUGGAUUCAGUAAGAGAUCCCCGGAUCGGACGUAUAUGGACCAAAACUAAAGAGUUGGAUUUGCCUGUCCCCAAACUUAAGAUCGAUGAGUUUUAUGUGGGGCCAGUGCCCCCCAAGCAGGUGACGUUUGCCAAACUAAACGAUAACAUCCGCGAAAACUUCCUGGGGGACAUGUGCAAGAAAUACGGGGAGGUGGAGGAGGUGGAGAUCCUUUAUAACCCCAAAAAUAAAAAACACCUGGGCAUUGCCAAAGUCAUAUUCGCCAGCGUGAAGGGCGCCAGGGACGCGGUGAAACACUUGCACAACACCUCGGUCAUGGGCAACAUCAUUCACGUUGAGCUGGACACGAAAGGGGAAACGCGUAUGCGCUUCUAUGACCUUUUGGUUAAUGGUUUCUAUACUCCUCAGACUCUUCCAGUUGGAAGUGAUUUGGAUGCCUCUCCCACUGUGAAUGAAACACCACAGGUUGUCGAGUCAGUGAAACGUACCAAGGAGACUGCCAUUGGUCCAUCAGUUACCCCAAAUAGCAGUACUCCAUUUUCCCAUGAUACAGCCUAUUCAAGCUCUCGACAAGGUACACCUAAUUCUUACAGCCAGUUUACACCACAGUCGCAAGGGACUCCUCAUACUCCCCGCUUGGGAACCCCUUUCUCGCAGGAUUCCAGUUAUUCCAGUCGGCAAACAACACCAGCUUUUCAUUAUGGACAAGACUCUGGUUUUAAACCAAGGAGACAUGAAAAUAAGUUUACGGACGCUUACAAUAGAAGACCAGGCCACCACUAUGUACACAGUUCUGGAUCCUACCGGGGGACUGAACACACAUUUAAUGUGACCAGACCUCAACCAGAACCUGUGCAGGUUCCCCGCACACCACCUUUGAGUCAUUCUAGCGGGAAUUAUAAAUCCGCAUUUUCACCUUAUCAAGGAAAUACUGUUUUCCCUCAAACAGAUGAGAGCCAGUAUCCUCAGACAUCAAGGGAUAUGGAGUACAGAAGGACAGGGCCUCAGACGUCAGACUCCUAUUCUGACGCAGGGUGUAACUCUGCCAGUUUAGAACUGAAACCAGUAAAGGAGAAACCAGAGGAACCACCACCUCCGGAACCUGACUCAACCACAGAGCAAAAAGCAUCAUUUUCCCAGACCCCAGAGAGGUGUGAGACACCUGGAACUCCAACUCUGGAGGCUGAACUGCAGCACAACAGUUUGGAUACACGAAUUGCAAUGCUAUUAAAAGAGCAAAGGACCCAGCUGCAUUUAAUUGCUGGUGAUCAAAAUUCAGACAAUGAAAUAAGGAUGGAGGGAAGUCCAAUAUCAUCCUCCUCCUCUCAGCUCUCCCCAAUCCCUCCUUAUAGUUCAGGCUCCCGUUACCAGGAUGUUACCCCUUCAUCACGGCCCUCAAGCACAGGAUUAGAAGAUAUUAGUCCAACCCCUUUGCCAGAUUCUGAUGAUGACGAUGAGCCGAUUCCUGGCACUGCCUCACUCUGUCAGAACUCAAGGUCAGCAUCUCCCAUAGACCAGAUUAAUCAGUCUGGGCGAAAAACUGAGAGUUUGGAUAAGAAGGAACUUGUAGCAGGUGAUGAAACCCCAACAUCUGAGAAAAUGGAUGAGGGUCAUCCUUCCUCGGGAGAGGACAUGGAGAUCUCAGAUGAUGAAGUUACCCCUUCUCCAAUAACAAGUGCAGAGUGUGCCAUAACCAGUUCCUCUGUCAUUUCCUCAGUCAUUCCUAUUCCACCACCUGGGUUUCCCCCUCUGCCACCGCCACCUCCUCCACAGCCUGGAUUUCCCAUGCCACCUCCUUUACCCCCUCCACCGCCUCCUACUCAUCCAUCAGUAACAGUACCACCACCUCCAUUGCCUGCACCACCUGGGGUGCCUCCACAUCACAUAUUGCACCAUCCACCUCCAUAUCAUCAUUUCCCUGUGAUGCAAGGAGAAAUGAUGAAUGUCCUUGGGAAUCAUUGGGGUGGGAUGACAAUGUCCUUCCAAAUGCAAACUCAAAUGCUCAGCCGCAUGAUGCAAGGGCAGGGUUCUUACCCCUACCACCAUUUCAUGGGAGGCUCCAUGCAGUUUGGUAACCAGCAUCCUUAUCGCCCCUUUGCUAUAUCUGCACACCUUACCAGAGGACAGCCCUGGCCACCCUUUCCAAAGUUUGAUCCAUCUGUACCACCACCAGGCUACGAGUACAAAAAGGAGGACCCUCACAAAGCAACAGUGGAUGGAGUCCUGCAAGUUAUUGUCAAGGAACUGAAAGCUAUAAUGAAAAGAGAUCUGAACCGCAAAAUGGUUGAGGUGGUGGCUUUUAGGGCAUUUGAUGAAUGGUGGGAUAAGAAGGAGCGUUUGGCAAAGUCCUUAACACCUGUGAAAUCUGGGGAGAGCAAAGAAGAAGAUAAACAAAAGACAAAGGAGCAUAUAACUUCCAGCCUCUUGGAAAGCUGGAACAAAGGGGAAGGAUUAGGUUUUGAGGGCAUUGGACUGGGCAUUGGUCUGCGUGGUGCAAUCCGACUUCCCUCUUUCAAGGUAAAGCGGAAAGAACCUCCUGACGCGGCACUGGCUGGAGAUCAGAAGAGGAUUCGCCCAUCUCAUUCAGUAGAUGAUGAGGAUGAAGAGUCUGAAAGAGAUCGAGAUAUCUCUAGUACAGCAUCUGACUUAUCAAAGAAAGAUGCAGAUGCAGUAAACAACCGAAGAAGGCCAGCAAGACCCUUGGAUAGUGAAGGGGAAGAAGAGGUUGAAAGUGAAGGGGAUGAUGGGGAGACGUCAGAUAAAGAAGACUCCUCUUCUGAGAAAGAGGACCAAGAUGAUGGUUCUGUGUCAGCUUUGUCCAGUAAAAAACAGCUGUAUGGGGAUAAAGAGGGUGAUGACGAAGAUGAUGAUACACAAAGCAGUGGGAAAGAAGAGGAUCUUGUUUCAGAAGAAGAAGAUACCACCAGUGUAGCUUCCUCUAGAGCCGAGAUGGAUUCUUCUGAUGAAAGUGAGGAAUCUUCAGAGUAUGAGUCAAGCUCGGAUUCAGAUGAAAAAGAGGAGGAAGAUGAUGAAGAAGAAGAACUAGUCUUUGGGGACGAUCAAUCUGAAGAUCAAGAUUUAGGACAGGAAUAUGAAGUUGAAACUGAUAGGGAAGAAGAUUUCUUCAGAGAGAAUUUGUCUGAAUGUAGUAGUCUACCAAAGGCAGGAGAUGUGGAAUUAGAAGAUGAAAUGCAAAAAGUAGAGGAAGAUGUUGCACGGCAAACAACACAAGAGACAUUACAUCUGAGAAAGAAAAAUCUGGAUGUACCACUGGUGGAGUCUAAAGAAUGCAAACAGGAUACCUUAGAUAAAGUGGAGAAGCUCUUUGCAGUACCCAUGCAAGAGGAAGUUUUUAAGGAGCAUGAAAAAGCACCAUCACCAAUGAAUGAAGAGGAAGAGUAUAUAGAGCUUCAAUUAGAACCUGUGCCUUUGGUUCCAGAAGGUGCAGCUCCAGCUGCACAAGAGCCUGUGAUCAUCCGUCCCUUAACACCAACUGGUGCUUUUGGUGAGACUGGUCCUGUUCUCAAGCUUGAAGAACCCAAACUGCAAGUUAAUUUAACUCAGUUUGCCACAGAAGAUGAAGAACUGUACCCUCGCACACCUGGCCGGGACACGGCUGCUCAUUCAGAUACAGAGGUCACUUUUCAGCCUGGUUUGAAAGUAGCCCCAUCCAGCCUACCUUUUUUGCCAAGCCACAAUAAGGAAGAGGAGUGUCUGCUUCCACCUGAAAAGCAUGCCGGUCAUUUAACGGUGACUAAGAUGCUGUCGGAGGAAGAUCUGCCCCGUACCCCAGGCAGAGAUAUUGUGGUUAAGUCCUCCCACCUUGGGAAGUCUCAGAGUACUGAGACAGUUCCUGCUACGCCUGGUAGUGAUGCUCCCCUCACAGGUAGCAGCCUUACACUGACUUCCCCACACAUACCUGGCAGUCCUUUUUCGUAUCUCUCACAGUCACCAGGAAUAAUUAACAGUGGUAUUCCACGGACACCUGGAAGAGAUUUUAACUUCACUCCAACCUUUCCAGAAUCAAAUUCAAUAUUCCCUUGCCACCCUUCUGGCAAGAAACCCUCUGUGGAUGAACCAGAUGAAAAGUCAUUCAAAGAACCAACCAGUGCUUCCUUAACAAUGAACAGUGUUCCUUCACCCAUCCCAUUUGCUAGCCCGCCUAGAGGGCUUCCUCACAUGGACAUAAGGUUAGGGGCAGAUGAUCUGGAAUCAUCUGAUACUCCAGCAUACCUUUCCGAUAAAUUAUUAAGUGAGGAGAGUGAAUGUGAAUUUACUAAAGUGCACCUGACUUCCACUGAUGAAUCUGCACCAUCACCACCUCUCCCUCCUGCAGAGAAGAGGAAAGGAGACAGAUCCAAAAAACCUCUUUCUGCUCAUGAAUUCGAGACUGAGAAAAACUAUGAAACUUCUUCUGCUGUUGCCAUGUCAGAAGGUGCUUUGGGUAAACAGAUGUUUAUUGGACAACCUGAUGCAGUCAGUGGUAUUAAAGAUCCAGCAGCUGUACCGCUAGACUUUAGGAAUGAUAGCCUCUCUGAAAACACAGUUCACGAGCCCAUUAUUCAAAAAGUCCCUUUAAAAGAGCUGGAAAAUCAGUGGAAUGAAGUUUUAAAAGAGGAGGAGGAUAUAACUAAACAUAAAAAAUCAAGGAACUCCAGGCAUAACAAUAGAUAUGAUGAGUUUUCAACUGUACCUUCUCCCGAAUUUUCCCCACCCCGAGCUAUGUUUAAACCUCGCUCUGAAUUUGAGGAGAUGACCAUUCUUUAUGAUAUAUGGAAUGGAGGAAUAGAUGAUGAAGAUAUCAAAUACAUGUGCAUUACAUAUGAUAGACUGUUACAGCAAGAUAAUGGCAUGGACUGGCUCAAUGACACAUUAUGGGUCUACCACCCUUCAACCAGUGUUUAUUCCCCCAAGAAGAAGAAGCGAGAUGAUGGUUUACGGGAGCAUGUAACAGGAUGUGCUCGUAGCGAGGGAUAUUAUAAAAUUGAUAAGAAAGACAAACUUAAAUACCUCAUCAACAACCGUUCUUUGACUGAAGAACUUCCCAUCGAUACCCAGGGAAAGAGUAUCCCAGCUCAGCCUCAAGCCUCCACCCGAGCGGGCUCGGAAAGAAGGUCAGAACAGCGCAGACUGCUCUCUUCCUUCACUGGAAGCUGUGACAGCGACUUGCUCAAAUUCAAUCAGCUGAAGUUCCGAAAGAAGAAGUUGCGUUUCUGCAAGAGCCAUAUUCACGACUGGGGUCUUUUUGCCAUGGAACCAAUUAUAGCUGAUGAGAUGGUUAUUGAGUAUGUGGGACAAAAUAUUAGACAGGUAAUUGCCGAUAUGCGGGAGAAGCGAUAUGAGGAUGAAGGAAUCGGCAGCAGUUACAUGUUUAGGGUGGACCACGACACCAUCAUUGAUGCGACUAAGUGUGGGAAUUUUGCACGAUUUAUUAACCACAGCUGUAAUCCUAAUUGCUAUGCAAAGGUUAUUACUGUGGAGUCUCAGAAGAAGAUUGUGAUCUACUCCAAACAGUAUAUCAAUGUGAAUGAAGAGAUAACAUACGAUUACAAGUUUCCUAUAGAAGACGUGAAGAUCCCUUGUCUUUGUGGAGCAGAGAACUGCAGAGGGACGCUAAAUUAGAGAUCCCUCUCUUCAAUGCACCUUUCAGCCAUGUUGGACUGCAGGAUAUAGGUGUAAGUUGCACUUUUGCCAAAAAUGAUA